AUGUGCACGCCCCAGCCCCUGUCGCAGCCGCCGCUGCCCGCGCAGCGCCGCAGCGGCGUGCGGCCGGAGGCCCUGGCGCCGCCGCCGUCGCGGCCCGCCGUCGCGGCCGCCAGGGGCGGAGAAACCUAUGCUGACGAGGCGCAUGGCGGCGCGCGCGGCGGCGGUGGACCCGGGGCUCUCGAGCAGGCCGUCGGAGAGCUGGGCGCAGACCCGGCUGGGUCCUCGGAGGCGCUGCAGCGCACGCAGUCCCAGCGCGACGCUCGCGAGCGCCGCCGCGCCGCGACGCUCGCGCACCUGCGUGGGCGGCCGCGCGCGUCGGCGGCGGGGCAGCUCGCGGCGCUGCUGCCGCGGGCGCUUUUGAAGCAGCGGCGGCAGUGGACGUGGAUGGGGGCGCCGCAGCCGCUGCUAGAUCUACUGUUAGUGCUCGGGGCCGGCCUCAUCGUCGGGGCCAUCCACUCUGGCGGCUACGACGUGCGGGCGGCGCCGCAACAGGCCCUCAUGGCCAUGACUACCCUCGGCGUCCUCGUCACCAUCGUCGCCCUCCGCCCCCUCUCCAGCACCCACGCGCGCGCGCUCCUCGCCCGCGAGUGCGCCGGCGGCGCGCGCCCGGGCCCGCAGCUCGCCGCGCUCUGCAUGGCCGCGCUGCCGGCCGUCGCGCUGCUGCCCGCCGCCUUCCUUGCCGGAUACUACUACACGGCGCUCCCAGAGGCUCCCGUCGGAGAUUGGUAUGCCGCAGCCCUCGGCGUGUCCUGGUGGGCCAGCGGCCUGGCGCUCCUCGUCGGCGCGCUCGCGCCCGCGCGCGCGUCGCUCGUCGCGGGCGUGUUUGUCGCGCUCAUGUUCGGGGCGUUCUUCAACGGCACGCACCCGACGCUCGCCGCUGCGCGGGGCGGCGGCGGCGGCGGCGGCGGCGGCGGCGGCGCGCCGACGGCGCUGACCGCCGCGCUGGCGUGCAGCUACAACCGGUGGGCGAUGGAGGCCCUCGCGCUGUCGGAGUUCCGCCAGUGGGGCGCCGCGCGCGCGCGCGCCGCGCUGUCGGCCGCGCGCGGCCUCGGGCUGUGCCGCCUGGAUGUGCUGCUGCCCGACAACGGGGACGGCCGCCUGAGCGCGGCCGAGGCCGCGGCGGCCGCGCGCCUCCAGGCGGAGUGGUCGCCGGCUUUCUGCGAUGGCGCUAGGGCCGCGGCGCUGGGGGCGCUCGCGGCGGGGGGCGCGGCGCUGCGGCUGCUCGCGUGGGGCGCGCUGCGGGUGACGCACGGGCUGCCGUAUUGGAGCCAAUCGUGA